AUGAUGCGUUCCAGGAGGCAGUUUGAAUGUGUGGCGGUAGCAGUGUUCAUGCUCUGCGCAUGGUUCGUCUUUGACGCGCAUUUCAACACCAUUCAAGAGGAGGCUGUCGAAGCCAGCGUUGAAAAACCAUGGAGAUACGAGGCAGUGGAAGAAGACCAAAAGAUAUUCGAGCAGCAAACUAUCCACGGCGACACGAAAGAAACAUCACCAACCUCCACCACCCCUCAACUUACAAGCACGCCAACACAAACUUCUGCCGUAGCAACACCUAGCCCCGCGCUCCCCGACCGCGUCGUAAUAAUUGCAAAGCUCCCCACAGACGACACCCGCUGGGUGCACACCGACCUGCCGGACUGGCAAUCCGCAAUCUACUCCAUCGACAUCUCCACCCCCCACAACAUCUCCCCUCACGACCCGCUCACCAACCGCACCCUCCGCACCCUGCGCAACAAAGGCAUGGAAGCCAACGCCUACCUCGCCUACAUCGUGCAGAACUACCACGCGCUCCCCGCAACCCUAGCCUUCAUCCACCCGCACCGAGACGGCUACCCGACCGCCUGGCACACCGACAACCCAUCGCACUCCAACGCCGUCGCCCUGCAGACGCUCAACACCGCCUUCGUGCAGCGCAACGGCUACGCCAACCUGCGCUGCGCGCCCGACCCGGGGUGUCCCCACGAAGUCAUGCCCUUCCGCGACCCGCCCGAGGCGCACCGCACGAUCGAGGCCGCGAUGCCGGCCGCGUGGCGGGAGUUGUUCGGCAACGGCGACGUGCCGCGCGUGCUGGCGACGCCGUGCUGUGCGCAGUUUGCGGUGUCGCGCGCGCAGGUCAGGCGGCGGCCGCUGGAGGCGUAUCAGCGGUACUACACGUGGCUGAUGGAGACGCCGCUGAAGGACGAGACGAGCGGGCGGGUGUUUGAGUACUUGUGGCAUGUGCUGUUUGGGCAGGAGGCAGUUUAG